AUGAAUGAUGAAGGGGACCUUCUGCAGGAGGAUACGAGAGAUGAAGGUAAUGAGACUGAAGCCACCAGGAUGAGUAAAUUAAGAAGAACAAGAAAGAAAGUCACAAAACAACAUGUUUUCUCAACGGAAGUAGGAGAAAUGGAUAUAACCAACUCAAAAGAAAGGAUCAGAAACCAAACGGUGUGCCACAAGUUGGGGGAUUUGAGCAAACCAGCUGUGGGACCUGGCUCUGCCGACUCUCAUCUUCCACAAGAUGACAGGGACUCCGAGGAUCAGACGACAGUGAUAAAACCAUCACCUCUCAAAACAACAGCCCGUGCUCCUUGUCGUGAAUUUAACACAAACUCCAACCAUACCGAUAACACCGGGGACGGCACUCAAAUUCCCACCACACCUCACCUCUCCUCUAGAAUGAAGCACAUUAAACAAGAGAUGGCCAAAAAUCACCUUCAGUUUGUGCGAUUUGAAGCAACAGACCUCCAUGGUGUGUCCAGAUCCAAGAGUAUCCCUGCACAAUUUUUCCAAGAAAAAGUGAUCCAUGGCGUUUGCAUGCCCCGAGGUUAUCUUGAACUGAUACCGAAUCCUAAGGAUGAUGAAGUGGAUCACAUAAGAGCAACAUGUUUUAAUAGCGACAUUGUCCUGAUGCCAGAGCUCUCCACCUUUCGGGUUUUGCCAUGGGCUGAGAGAACUGCAAGAGUGAUAUGUGACACGUUCACUGUGACUGGCGAACCUCUUUUGACUUCCCCGCGGUACAUCGCCAAGAGGCAGCUGAGCCAACUGCAGGACUCUGGCUUUUCCCUGCUCUCUGCCUUCAUCUAUGAUUUUUGCAUUUUUGCUGUGCCUGAAAUUAUCAAUUCAAAGACCAUCUCUUUUCCUGCUUCAACAUUGCUAAAUAAUCACGACCAGCCUUUCAUCCAGGAACUCGUUGAUGGUUUGUAUCACACUGGAGCCAACGUCGAGAGUUUUUCAUCCUCUACCAGGCCCGGUCAGAUGGAAAUCUGUUUUUUGCCCGAAUUUGGCAUCAGUGCAGCUGAUAAUGCAUUCACCCUCAGAACAGGUGUCAAAGAAGUUGCAAGGAAAUAUAAUUACAUCGCCAGCUUUUUCAUCGAGACUGGAUUCUGCAAUUCAGGAAUUUUGUCGCACAGUCUCUGGGAUGUCGAGGGGAAGACAAAUAUGUUCUGCAGCAAUUCUGGAAUUGAGGAGCUCACGAUCACUGGGAAAAAAUGGUUGGCAGGGCUCUUGAAGCACUCUGCUGCUCUCAGCUGCCUGAUGGCUCCCGCUGUUAGCUGCCGAAAGCGUUAUUCCAAGGAGAGUAAAGACAUCAAGGAGAGUGUGCCUACUACGUGGGGAUACAAUGAUAACAGCUGUGCUUUUAAUAUCAAGUGUCAUGGUGAGAAAGGCACCCGAAUAGAAAAUAAACUGGGCUCAGCGACUGCAAAUCCGUACCUGGUGCUGGCAGCGACUGUUGCUGCGGGCUUGGAUGGACUUCAAAGCAGUGAUGGUGUCCUGGCCGGUCCGGAUGACAGCAUGGACUUCUAUCAGGCAAAAUCUUCCGAGAUCCCUUUGAAACUGGAAGACGCUCUUGUGGCACUGGAGGAAGAUCAGUGUCUGAGACAGGCUCUUGGGGAAACUUUUAUUCGGUAUUUUGUUGCCAUGAAAAAAUACGAGUUGGAAAAUGAAGAAACAGAUGCCGAGAGAAAUAAAUUCUUAGAAUAUUUUAUUUAG